AUGGAUGAUUUAAACGGCUCUGGUGGAUAUGUUAGUAGUUCUGGUGGAAAUCAACAGGAUCUUCGUGCGACACCGAGGGCAACGUUUGAAGAAAUUGCAGCAAGGUUUAACAUCAUUGACGAUCUCUCGGCUCAAACUGAACCCCGUAACGUUAACAUAAUUGAUGAAUUGAUAAAGAAUUCAGUUCCAAUUGAAGCUGAAAACUUGCGGUCAGCAACUAGGGUUUCUGAUUGGGAAGGGAUUAAGCAAGCGACCAAGAGAUAUGCGCAAAAAUUAGAAUCCAAUGUUGCUGCAUUGGCAGGUCAUGGGAAUUCGCAAACUUCAGCGACGACGGAACCGGUAUCAUUUGCAAAUGCAGUAAAGAACUCUAAGGAUAAGGUGAAGGUGAACUUUAGGGAGAUGGAGUCUUCUGAGGUUGUCGAUGGAGCUGAUGUUGUUAUUCCGCUGGCUUCGGUUAAGCAAGUCACGGACAGGUAUGCAAACACUCUCUAUGGGUAUUUCUUGGGUAAACGGCUAGCGUUUCCGGUGGUGGAUUACUUUGCUAAGAACAAUUGGGUUAAGUAUGGUCUGGCUAGAUUGAUGAUGAAUGCGAACGGCUUCUUUUUCUUUAAGUUUAAAACUAAGGAAGGGAUGGAUAAAAUGUUAGAGGAUGGGCCAUGGAUGAUAAGAAAUGUUCCGAUUAUCUUGAAGAUGUGGUCGGCCUCUAUCAAACUAGAAAAAGAGGAUAUUAAAGCUAUUCCGGUGUGGGUAAAGAUGCACGAUGUGCCGUUAACGGCAUAUACUGAGGAUGGUCUUAGUUUGAUUGCAUCAAAGAUAGGGGUGCCUAAGAUGUUGGAUACGUAUACUGCUACGAUGUGUGCUGAAUCUUGGGGAAGAAGUAGUUACGCUAGAGCUCUUAUUGAAGUGCAGGCGGGGGCUGACUUAAAAAGAAGUGUCACUGUUGCAAUUCCAUCUUUAGAUGGUAAUGGUUAUUCUAAGGUGGAAGUCAAGAUUGAAUAUGAUUGGGAGCCUUUACGGUGUUCUUCUUGCUGUGUUUUUGGUCAUGAUGAUAGUUCGUGCCCAAAGAACCCUCAGGUUGUUCCAAAUGGGGAUUCUGGAAAGAAUGUGGAUGAUUUCCAGGAUGUGGGUGCUAAAAAGAAGAAAGCUAACAACCAAGGUCUACACAUGAAAAAUCAGAAACCUAAGUUUGUUUAUAGACCAGUUACCAAUCCUAAACCAAAACCGCCUUUGAGGAGUUCGAACCGGGUUUCAACAUCAAACCCGUUUGAUGCCCUUAAGGACGAUGAUGGUGAUCAGGAAGGUAAAACUGUGGGGCGAAUAGAGAAAAAAGAGAAACAGGUGACUGAUAGGCAGGAUUCGGAUGAAGAGGAGGUCGUUGAAGUCUACAAUGAAACGAGUACGAGAAUUAUCGUUGGUUGGAAUCCGUUAGUGUUUGAUGUUAUGGUGCUUUUUCAGUCGGAUCAGGUUAUGCAUUUGCAGCUGUGUUUUAAACAUGAGAAAAAAAUGCUGUUUUGUUCGAUUAUAUAUGCUGCAAACUAUUAUAUCUCUCGUAGGGAGUUAUGGAACCAUCUCGUUUUGCAUAAGGCGCUUGUCCGUAAUGAUCCGUGGGUUAUGCUAGGUGACUUUAAUUCAGCUUUGUACCUUGAAGAUAAAUCUAUGGGGUGUUCUUCGAUUUCGGCUAGCAUGAGAGACUUUCAAACGUGUGUUAAUGAUAUUGAGAUGCUGGAUCUGAAUCAGUCGGGUUUACAUUUUACGUGGAGUCAAAAGCCAAAGAAGGGAAUUGGUUUAAUGAAAAAGAUAGAUAGAGUCAUGGGGAAUUCUCAGUUUUUAACCCAAUUCCCAAAUGCUGUGGCUGUCUUUUGCCUAGCUCGGUUAUCGGAUCAUAGUCCGAGUAUUCUCAAAAUUCCGGUUGUUGGGAAAGUUAAACACAAGUCGUUCAAGUUUGCUAAUUUUCUUGUUCAUAAGCCCGAUUUUUUAGUCAUUGUGAAGCGUAUUUGGGAUACGGAUAUUAGAGGGGUGUAUCAAUUCUCGGUCGUGAAAAAACUUCGGAUGCUAAAGUCUCCUCUUCGAGUAUUACUCUUUCAGCAAGGUAAUUUGCACAAAAAAGUACAAGAAUUACGUGAGAAACUUGAUCAGAUUCAGCGAGAGCUCGAUAGUAAUCCGGCUAGUUUGAUUAUUCGUGAGGAAGAAACUACUACUCGUCGUUCUUAUUAG